UCAUCAAAAGCCAGCAACGACCUCAAAAACAAAGUGCCAAUUUGCAGGCCACAGUCGUUCUUUCAUCCCCAGUCCACUGGUUGGUGUGGGACUCAAGGGACAAGAAGAUGGCGGCAAGAAAAAAGACACGCUCUUGAUCCUUAACUUAACAUCCAUGGCCUGCUGCUGCAUCCGCCUCCAAGCUCCAAAAACAAGCCCCAAUUUAAGUCGCCGGUCUCGGUCAUCGCUGCGCAGCCCUGUCUCCGUAUCCUUAAUUUCUUAUCUUGUCCUCCCUUGAGAAGCCAAGAAGUCAAGAAGCAGGGGAGCAUCCAUGGCGCCGGGCAAGGAGGAGUUGGGGACUGCGAGGAGAGGGGUUCCUUCGCUGCUGCUCAGCGACGGCGGAAUCGGGCAGGAACACAUCGCCUCCGAUGUCACCCAGCUGAUAGGAUGGACGCCGCUCAUCGAGCUGAAGCGGAUUGGUGCCAAGGAAGGGUUGGAUGCCCGGAUUGUUGGCAAGAUGGAGGCCUACCAGCCGCUUUGCUCCGUCAAGGAUCGCAGCGCUCUGAGGAUGAUCGAAGACGCCGAAGAGAAAGGGCUGAUUUCGCCUGGUGUCACGACUCUGGUUGAGCCGACUAGCGGUAAUCUGGGGCUAGGGUUGGUCCUCAUUUGUGUAAGCAAAGGUUACAGGUUCGUCGCGGUGAUGCCGGGCCAGUACUCGCUUGAUAAGCAGAUCUUGUUGAGAUACAUGGGUGCUGAGUUGUUCAUAACUGAUCCGGCACUCGGGUUUCCGGGAAUAACCGACAAGGUCGAACAACUCAAGAAAGAGUUACCCAACGUGCAUGUUCUUGAUCAGUUUGUGAAUCCAGCAAAUCCUGAUGCACAUGUUAGAUGGACUGGACCUGAGAUUUGGAAGGAUACUGCUGGCAAGGUGGACAUAUUUGUCGCCGGGUCAGGGUCAGGGGGUACGGUAUCUGGUGUUGGGAAGUAUCUGAAGAUGCAAAAUCCAAAUGUGAAGAUCAUUUGUGUAGAGCCUACAGAGAGUCCAGUCAUUUCAGGAGGGGAGUCAGGCAAGCAUAAAAUCCAGGGAAUAGGACCAGGGUUCUUGCCUGAGGUCUUGAACACCUCGGUCAUCGAUGAGACGGUCACCGUGACCACAGAUGAGGCGAUGGCGAACGCGAGGAGGUUGGCAAUGGAAGAGGGCCUGCUUGUGGGCAUAUCUUCUGGGGCAAACUUCGCAGCUUGCCUAAAGGUUGCGGCGAGAGAAGAGAACAAGGGGAAGAUGAUUGUCACCAUGUUCCCGAGCGGGGGCGAGAGAUACAUGAAUUCGGACCUCUUUGCCGCUGUAAGAGAGGAGUGCCUUGCCAUGACCUAUUGAUCUUGCUUGGAAUCUCGGUGUAACCAACUAGAGAAGGUAGCACGAAAGUUGUUCAGCCGGUUUGGGCGACACGCAUAUCUUAGACCGGAGGACACGUGAUUGUGUCCUGCUUGUCUUACUUUUAUUGUAUUUUUUAGACAUGUAUGUUGAAUGAUGGAUGUGUUCAUCGAUCGAUACAGAGACCAGCGGAUUGCCCUC